AUGGUAUUUGGUUUGGUCUGGUCAAUCAAAUCAAUCCUAGCAAGCUAUGUUGACAAUAAACGCUCUCAGCCAUUGAUUCCUCAAAUAUGUGAUUCACCUCCUAUUCGUCAAUUAAAAUAUCAUAGUGGAACUGGACAUAUUUAUCGUUCUCCAGCAGCUAAUGAUUUAACAGUAAUAUGUCUAAUUAGUAUUGAACGUUCAGAUGAUAAUAUUGUUCUUCAAUCAACUUACUCAUUAUCAACUAUGACAAUAAAUAAAUCUACACGAACAGUUGAAAUUCUUUGUUCAUAUUUACCAUAUAUGGCUGAUAUUUAUUUUCAAUAUUGUAAUAGUCAUUCACAAACUGAUAAAUAUUUAAAAUCUGAAGUUGACUGA